AUGAAGAGAACGCGCGUAGCAACUGAAACAACUGAAAGUGAAAAAGAUAAAAGCAAUGUUCGUAUUGCAUACAUACACUCAGUGGCGGCGCGAAGAGGUUGGGAGCAUGGGAGGAAAACAUCUAAAUCGAUGUCUAUUGAAAAGAUUGAAACCGGUUUACGAAGUAUUUUGACAGUUAUAUUUUGUUAUGCAAUUCCAAGUAAUUUAAUUGUUGUACAAACAAUAUUAUCCAGUAGAGAAUUGAAAACUUAUAACACACUACUCUAUUUCGUUGGUAUUGCAAUUGCUGAUACAUUGGCAUUUCUUGGUUAUAUUCAAAACGCCAUUUGGUAUCCAUUAUUGGGCGUUGAUAUUGAAAUCAAAUAUUUAGUAUCUUGUCGAAUAAUUGCCUUUUUCAGUCGAAUUGGUGUUCAAACAUCAGCAUUUUUAUUAACAAUUGCGGGCAUCGAUCGAUGCCUACUAUUGUACUCUAAACGAUGGAGAUUAAAUUAUAGUCGACGUCCUUCAAUAACACUGGGUAUUAUGAUAACGAUAUUUAUUCUAGAAAUAUACUUUCAUUUUCAUGUGUUAAUUUUUAAAGGUGGUUAUGAAUUUACAUUUAAUAUUACUGGAAUGAAUGAAACAUUAAGAAGAUUUUCCUGUCGAUUAAUUCAAAAUUCAAAUUAUUUAUGGUUUUAUACAAUUUUCUAUUAUUAUGCUCAUUUAGCACUUUAUUCCGUCUUACCCUAUGUAAUAACAACAAUUUGUAAUAUAUUUGUCUUGAUAAAAGUAUUUCAUAAACGAAAACGAAUAAAAACGCGAACAAAAGAAACACAGAAAAAUGUGACACUCUUAAUUGUUAUAGCAUCGACCGUUUAUGUUCUGUUAACGUUACCUGAAGUUAUAUUUUGGAAAUUUAUUUAUACUGAUAAUACACCAAAAUAUUUAAGAAACUUAAUUGCUUACUGUAUUAAUAUUGGAUUGUACAUAAAUCAUUCAUCAACAUUUCCAGUAUUAAUGAUUACAUCAAGUAAAUUUCGUCAACAAUUUUAUACCAAUAUGAAUACGUUUCUACAAUGUUGUUCGUGUACUAAUAAUAAAAUCAUGCCGCAAUCACAAAAUUCAAAAGUAAGUGUUUCUCAUAUACAAUCUAAAAUACCUGUGAGCGCUGGUGAUGGUGGUGUCCGUCGAAUUCCUACGAUUCAAACAAUGGUUUUAAAAGAAAACGAAGUGAUAACGUUAGGCUGA